GAAGGGCGGAGUUACUCAGCGGGAAAUGGCCGAAUGCUGAGUUAGUGCACUCUGUAGGGAGGAAGUGUUGGUUUGAGACGCGCCCUUUCUGCCACAUGCUCAGCUGCGGAGUCAAACGCGUGAGUGUGAGUCUGCUGCUGAAAGAUGAUUCUCCUCAGAGUGGCUGUGAGCAGAACCGGAACCAGAACCGGGAUCGGGACCGGGAGCAGAGUGUUUGCGUUCUGCUCGAGGCUCAGAAUGACUCUCCUGAACACACUGGACAUUUCAGCUAAAAGUUGUUCGAGUUCCUGUGAGAACCGGAGCGAGCUGAGGUGGGACCUGAGCCCGGAGCAGAUCCGGCAGCGGACCGAGAAGCUGAUGCAGAGGGUAAAGCAUGCGUACGACUCGGUGGCGGCGGUGGACGUGGAGAAGGUGUGUUAUGAGAACACGCUGCAGGUUCUAGCAGAGGCCAAGCUGGAUUACGCUGCGUCCCGGCACAUGCUGGACUUCCCUCAGUACGUCUCCCCGCGUAAAGACGUGCGAUCUGCGAGCACCGAGGCAGACAAACGCCUGUCCGAGUUUGACGUGGAGAUGAGUAUGAGAUCAGACGUGUUCCACAGACUCAUCGCACUACAGGAAAGACGGUGUAAUGAUUUAUUCCCCGAGUCGAGGAGGUUCAUGGAGCGUCUGAUUAAACUGGGGAGGAGAAACGGACUGCAUCUGUCUGCUGACGUGCAGGAGGAGAUCAAACAGCUUUCUAAAAGAAUAAGUGAACUUUCAAUAGAUUUCAACCAGAAUGUGAAUGAAGAAAGCACAGUGCUGAUGUUCUCUUCAGAAGAGCUGGGUGGUCUGGCGGAGAGUUAUUUAAACGGCUUGGAGAGGACGGAGGACGGGAGGUACAGGGUGACGCUGGCGUACCCCCACUAUUUCCCUCUGAUGAAGAGAUGUCACGUUCCAGAGACCAGGAGGAAGAUGGAGGCGGCUUUUCACAGCAGGUGUAAAGAGGUGAAUACGGAAAUCCUCGAACAGCUGAUCGAGUUGCGUGCGAAGGCGGCUAAGCUGCUGGGCUUUAGCAGUCACGCUAACUAUGUGCUGGAGAUGAAUAUGGCCAAGAACUCCAGCACCGUGUCUCACUUCCUGGAUGAGUUGUAUGAGAAGCUGAAGCCGGUGGGUCAGAAGGAGCGUCAGUUCCUCCUCUCACUCAAGCAGGCCGAGUGCCAGAGGCGGGGCCUGGACUUUGACGGACAGCUGCACGCGUGGGAUCUGCCGUACUACAUGAACCAGGUGGAGCAGGUGAAGUUUGCGGUGGAUAAGGACAAGCUGAUCGAGUAUUUCCCGCUGAAGGUGGUGACUGAGGGUCUGCUGGGGAUCUACCAGGACCUCCUGGGGCUCCGUUUCCACCAAAUCCAAAACCCUCACGUGUGGCACGAGAGCGUGAAGCUCUACACCGUACUCGACUCCAUCACGGGCGAGGAGAUCGGACGCUUUUAUCUGGACCUACAUCCCAGAGAAGGGAAGUACGGCCACGCGGCGUGUUUCGGCCUGCAGCCCGGGUGUCUCGGCCCUGACGGGAAGCGUACCAUCCCGGUGGCGGCCAUGGUGGCCAACUUCACCAAACCUUCACGUAACUGGCCGUCUCUACUGCAGCACCAUGAAGUGGAGACCUUCUUCCACGAGUUCGGUCACGUGAUGCACGAGCUGUGCUCCAGGACUCGCUAUGUGGAGUUCAGCGGCACGCUGGUGGAGACGGACUUCGUGGAGGUUCCCUCUCAGGUGCUGGAGAACUGGGUGUGGGAGAAGGAGCCGCUCAGGAGGAUGUCUCGCCACUACAUCGACGGCAGCUCCAUCCCCGAUAGCCUGCUGGAUAAUCUCAUCACCUCCAGAGUGGCUAACACUGGUCUGAUGAACCUCAGACAGAUCAUGCUCAGUAAAGUGGACCAGGCUCUCCACACCAAGUCUUCUGCUGACACCGCGGCCGAGUUCUCCAAGCACUGCAAGGAGAUUUUGGGAAUCCCGGCUACGCCAGGAACGAACAUGACGGCGAGUUUCAGUCACCUGACCGGAGGUUAUGAUGGUCAGUAUUACAGCUACCUGUGGAGCGAAGUUUACGCCAUGGACAUCUUCUUCAACCGCUUCAGAGCAGAGGGACUCAUCAGCCCCGAGGUUGGUAAGGAGUACAGGAGGGUGGUUCUGGAGGCCGGCGGCUCAGUGGACGGGUCGGAGAUGCUGAAAAGGUUUCUGGGUCGUGAGCCGAGUCCGGACGCUUUCUUUCAGUGUAAAGGCCUCGCAAAUCAGCGAAAUAUUUACACCUGAUAUUUAUCACAAUUUUAGCACAAUCAAUAUUAUUAUUAUUAUUAUUAUUAUUGUAAUAUUUUCAGAAUUUCGUUUCUCUGAAGGAAACGAAGCGCCACAGAGUUUAAAAUUAAAUCAUUUUGGUUUUAACGUCAC